AUGGCGGCGGAGCAAAGCCAGAGAGAAGCGGAGGCAGCUCGUGCGGCGGAGGAUGCUAUCAGAGAUCGUCUCCCCCACGAAGUUCUGAACAUUCAGGACCAACUGCAACAUCAACAGGGAUCCGUUGAUUCCCUGCAAGUUGACAGUUAUAUUGAUCAGUUUGAAACAUGGAUGCAGCUGAUGAGGAAGGACAAUCCUUAUUUACCUAAGAAUUUCUUUGUUCUCAGAUUUAUCAGUGGGCUCAAGGAUCACAUCAAGCACAUGAUCAAAUGCUAUAAACCUAUCACCUUGAUUGUUACUUAUGCUUUUGCUCGCCAGCUUGAAUUGGCUUAUCUAUCUACCAUCAAGAAAACUGCAGCUCCUACUACAACUUCAAAACCACCUGCACAGGCUGCAGGAGGGCAAGUUGUCAGACCUGCUGCUCCAAGAGACAACAGACAAAGGGGAGGAAAUGAUAGGCCCAUAGAGCCCAGGAAAUGUUGGUAUUGCCCUGAAAUUUGGGUACCAGGACAUAGAUGCAAAGGAAUGCAAUGUGCAGUUAAUGCCAUUCAAAUGCAAGAUGAUUAUGAAAGUGAAGACGAAACAAAGGUGCAUAACAUGGUGGAAGCCCCUAAUCCUAAACUUCCUGAAGCAGAACAAGUGCAGGAAGAAGUGGAAGCUGUUCUCCAUAUUUCAGCCAAAGCUAUAAAUGGAAUUGCUAGUGACGGCACCUUUUCCUUGCUGUUACAUAUUAAUGGGCAAAAGGCUGUAGCACUUGUUGACAGUGGUAGUACAAACACCUUCAUGGACUAUAGUUUUGCUAUCAAGAGGAAUCUUCUUUUUGUUCUUGCUGUAGCAAGAAAAGUGAAAGUAGCAGGUGGAGUUUUGCUGAUUCAAACCGUACCGAGUGCCAUUAUCCGCCGAUUUCACUUCAGGAAUCGCGCUGGUGCUGACAACCAGCCCCUCUACCCCCGGAACCUCGACCACACCUUCUCCCGCCGCGACUCCGACGCCUUCAGCAUCUGCAGCAGCCGCCCUUCCUCCAUCGGCACGGCUCCCGCCCAUGCCGCCCCCAUCACCAACCUCUCCGACCGAAGCUCCCAGGCCGCCGCCCUGCGCGUCGUCAACGCCUACCUCGCCCCCAACAUCCACCUCCGCGCGCCUCUCCCCGCCGCUCGCGACAUCCUUGCCGCCUUCCGCCACUUCCUCGAGCGCCUCCAGUACCCCGUCCAGACCUCCUUGGAGGAAGACCUCCUCAUCCUCCUUCGCCUCCUCGCCUGCCCCUACAAGCUCACCCGUUCCGCCCUCAAGGCUCCCGGGACCCCGCACUCCUGGCCGCCCCUCCUAUCCGUCCUCUACUGGCUCACCCUUCUCUGUCGCGUCGCUGACAACCUCGACGCAUCCUCUUCCCCAUCCGCCGCGACCUCCAAUGACCUCAUGCCCUACAUCACGGAGAGCUUUCUCACAGCCGACGAUGAUGCCGUCGCCUCUCUCGACGAGGAGUACAUGUCGAAGGCCAGUGUCCAAACCGAUGCGUUCGCUGUGGCCGUUCAGGCACUGGAGAAGGAGGUUGAGGAUCUGGAAGCGAAGCGGAGUAAGCAAACCUCAGAGCCUUCACGUCGGAAGGCGCUGGAGGAGAAGAAGGAAGCAUUCACUGCGGAUGUUCAGAAGUUUGAUGCGGUGGUGAAGAGCUGGUCCACCAAGAUCAAAGAGAAGGAAGAGUCGUUGGUGGUCUUGGAGAAGGAGCUGGAGGCGAAGGUGAUGAAUGGCCAGCACAUGUUGGCUGACAAUGAGGAGCUGGUGAAAAAGGUGGAGGCGCAGGUGGUAAAUGUAAGGGAUGCCGAUAGGAUGACUAGGGAGAUGCAAGCAGUUGAGCAUGAUAUUUCCAAACUGGAAAGUGAAUGCGCGCUGGAGAAGGGAUGGGAGCUUGCAGCUGCGUUGGUCACCAAGCUUGAGGAUAUCGAGGGGCUUGCUGAGCAGUGCAACCAGGCCCUCAAAAAGUUGAAACUCGGUACCGAUUUCAAAUACAUGCUAAAUGCAAAAGGAUCUUCCCCAUCUGAAAUCCUUGGUACCACCUACAAAACUGUCCUAAAGGCUGCGCUCAGUGCUCUUGCUAAUGAGACUAAAAGGAUAUUUGCCUCAAAACAUGAUGAGUCAAAUGAUCUGCAAAAGCAUUUGCAAGGAAAUGCUAAAAUCAUAGAGGAGAAAAGGAACCAUGUGUCUGUUCUAGAGGCUAAAACUAAUGAGGAAAAUUUGAGAAUUGAAGAAACCAAGGACAAAUUCCUCCUGAGAAGGGUGCUGAAGUCUAUGAGUUUUACUCCCAAGUAAAUAUCCCACUAGACCAACUGCAGCGCAACAUUGAUUAGAGGUGCAAUCAAGAAUCAGUUUGGCAACGAGUAACAAGGACAUGGGGACGUGUGAUGGGAGUUCAAAGAUCAAUCUGUCCUUAUCUUUUUGGCUUUCUUAGAUUAGGAUUUGUCCUUGUAUUUUUUGGAUAGAGGGAGUGCUUGCCUGCAGCACAACCACAAAUCACAAUAAUUACUUUGUACCCUUCUGUUAAAUAGUUGUGAAAGAGUGAAGUGGAAUAUUGGGUGCUUUCAUUAAUUCCUUCGACCAGGUACUUUAUUUGGUGAUUACAAACAUUUGACGUGCUGGGGCCUUUAUUUACAAUUAGAAGUCAAGCUAUA